AUGACUUUAGAUAGGAUCGUAUCUGAAUUUGAGGACUGUUAUGGUUCUAAACCUAAACUAGUGUAUGCGGCAGACGUAGAUUAUCGCAUUGAUAAGGGUCUAGUUCCCCUAAGAAAUCCUAAACAGUGUCAUAAGGUUCUUGAUUACCUAGAAUUACUUGGCUAUGAAGAGAUAAAUUUAUUUGCAGAUCAUGAAAUUGAUGUGAUGCCUACUUUUGUACCACUUGAGAUGUUUUUAGAAGAAGAUGAAGUUCUUGAUAAGGGGGUUGAGAAUACUGAUGCUGGGGUACAAUUAAAUGACUUGAUAGGAUUAGAGGAAGUGGAGGGUGAUGAGUUACCUGAGGUUGAAGAGGGAGAGAGGACUGGGAUAGAAGAGGGUGAGCAGGGUGAUGAGUUACCUGAGGUUGAAGAGGGAGAGAGGGCUGGGAUAGAAGAGGGUGAGCAGGGUGAUGAGUUACCUGAGGUUGAAGAGGGAGAGAGGGCUGGGAUAGAAGAGGGUGAAGGGAGAGGGCAUGGUGAUGAUGAGAAUUCAUCUGUAUAUAGUGAGUGUUGGGAGAGUGAUGAUGAGGUUAAAAGCUUAGAGCAGUUGGUUGGGAGUGUUGAAGGGGGAGAGGAGGGUAGUUUUGAAUUAGGAAUGACCUUUGCAGGGGCAAAGGAGGCUAGGGAAUCAAUCAAUGCAUAUGCUGUUAAAUUUGGGUACAAGUUAAAGUUCAUAAAGAAUGAAAAGACUAGGAUUAGAGUGGUUUGCAUAAAUGACCAAUCAUGUCCAUUUCUCAUGCAUGUCUCUAAAGAUGGGGACAUUGAAGGACUAGUCAUCAAGACUCUUGUGGCAGAUCACACCUGCUGCAAACAGAGGGAAGUCCCCAGUGCUAGUCAAACAUACUUGGCUAAGUACUUUAAAGAGGUACUCUACAGAAAUCCUAGGUUCACCUCUAAGGACAUGCAAGGUCAUGUAAAGGACCAUUUGAAGCUUCAUGUCAGUUUACACAAGUGUAAAAGGGCAAAAAAAGAGAUUAUAUGCAAGCUUGAGGGUAGCUAUAGAGAGGAGUUCAAUAGGCUGGUUGCCUAUUGUAAUAUUGUGAAAGAAUGUAUGCCUGGGAGUAAGAUGGAACUCCAACUAUCCACUGAGCAUCUGCAGAACCAAAGGAGAGUUUUUAAGAGAAUAUUUGUCCUCUUAGAACCUUGUAGGUUGAACUGGAUAGGGGGUUGCAGGCCAAUCAUUUCUCUUGAUGGUUGCCAUUUGAAAGGCAAGACAUUUGGUGUUCUGUUGACAGCAGUUGGGAAGGAUGGGAAUGAUGGAAUUGUGCCCAUUUGA